AUGACUCAAAAUCAACAAGAGAUUGGUAAGGGUCAAGACCUUAGGCAGCUCGACGCAUCUAGUUUCGGUCUUGCUAACGGGGAUGUUGGCCUUCAGCGGGGAAGGGGACCCACAAUUCCAUUUGACCUAGACAGCCAGUCUAUCAAGCAGUCUACUGAUUCUUUGUCCAUCUUUGGAGAUUCCAAUCAAGAGAAAGAAUCCUUUUACAGCAAAAUCAGUGGAAACAUCGUAAAAUGCGAAUAUGUCUACUUCGCCUUCUUUGGGAAAUCAAAAAGAGCUCUACGAUCAAGCAAUACUGCUAAGGAAGGGAGAAGGUUUAGGUCAAUCAAAGACGAUGAGUUCGGUUCCCUUUCUAAGGACAGGAAUACAUGGGAAGAGCUCUUCGUCAAAGAAAUGAUAGUGAUAGGUGUGAGACUUCGGGUUUUCAAGAAAGAUCUCACUCUAUUAGAAGCUACAGGGAAACUUUCGAAGCGAGGGUCGAGACAUGAAAUGAAGAAAGAUUCUAUUGUGGGGAAGCGACUUCUACUCAAGCACGGGGGAAGACAUCAUCCGAAGAGCAGGGCGGGGAUAAGCAAGGUUUUUAGGGAUAUCCGGCAAAGGACUUCACUGCAGAGAUUUGGCGAUCGCACAACAACAACUUUGUCUGCGCAACCUAGCGCGAGAAGGGUGCGUGGUGACGAUGGGUAUGUAGGUAAGACGGAUAUUCAAGUUUUUCAGCUGCGUGCUACUCUACCCGUUGGGAAGGCAUCUUACCUUACUCAGGUAGCUAAAACCACAAGUGGUAAUUGA